AUGUCGGAACCUAGCGAAAAGCUGGUGCAGGGUGCCCGAAUGGCUCAAUCCUUCUUAGGUGCUAAACUUCUCGGCGCUAUUCAAGAGCAAUCACGCGAUGAUCUUCCAAGCAAAGUCAGUGCCGAGUACAUCGCCGAAGUGUGUUUCUCUAGCUAUGCUCGCCCCGGCCUCGAGUUCCAGGAGAGGUCUUUGAUCAAUAUUGGCAUGAUGAUAGCGCUCAACAGAACCCCGGAGUUACGUAUACAUAUCGCGGCGGCACUCAACCUUGGUAUUUCAGAGGAUAAGAUUGUCGAGACUUGCCGCCAUGCGAUGAUUUACUGCGGUGUUCCGGCUGGCAGAGAAGCUUUGUCUGUUGCAAGCGACAUUUUUGCCAAAGUCAAGAGCUCUGCAAUGGAAGGAAGAGCAAAAAUGUCAUAA